AUGGAUAUUAGAAUUUAUCAUUUUUAUUUUUUGGGCCUCAUACUUGUAGCAAUGUUAAUUUAUUGCUUCCUAUCAGUAGUAACAUUGACUUCACCUGUUUUAAAUUAUUUCUAUUAUCCACAAAUGAAGCCUUCAAUAGAAAGAGAAAAAGUUUUAGUGGAUUUAUUUGUUAUGAGUAGGUGUCCUGAUGCGGUUGUUUGUGAACUUAAAGAAGUGAAUGAUAUUGCUAUAAUUACUACAGAUUAUGUGGCAAAUUUAAAUGAUUCUGAAAAAUACGGAGUUACUUGUAAACAUGGAGAACUGGAAUGUAUAGAAUGUUUAAAUCAGGAUAUUUCUCUUAUCGGAACAUAUAAUCAUGCAAAAAAAUGUACAAAUCAAGUAUUAGGUGUUACAGCUGUUACCACCGCCAACAUUACUAAUUCUGCUGAUGAUAAUUACUCGAAGAAAUUGAGAUGUAUUAGAGAUGGGUAUUGGUAUGAUUGUGAUGAAGGACAUUCAGUAGAAGAUUUUGUUCAAUCAAUCAGGAAAGCAUAUGAAAACUCUUGUUAA